AUGCCUGGAGGCAUGGCUACGUGCAGCGACAGAUCCGGGAUUCGAGUGAAACACGUGCGCGAGUCAUGCGUGCCGGUUGAAGAUGUGGACGUGCUUGCCGAGACACUGCUCCGUGCUCGCCCCGUGGUGCUGCGGGGCUACGGCAAGGGCUGGAAAGCUCGAAGCUGGGGGCUGGAAGAGGUGUCGGCAGGAUCUCCCGAUGCACACGUGGAGCUGCAGGUGAGCCGAGUGGGCUCCACGCAAUUCCAUGGCUUCGGGGGAACUUUGCAAAGGGAGCCCUUGCAGAGGCUGCCGGCAGCAGCAGCCGAGGCUUUGGAAGAGAAGCGGUCGCUCUACCUGGUGCAGUGCCCUCUCUGGGCCCGUGGCUGUGACACUGAAUCCGAGUGCCCAGCACGGCACUUGCUGAAAGAUCUGAACCUUGGCCCCUUCGCGGGCGCUUUGGGCGCGCGAGGGGCGGACGUGGCACUCUCGCGGCGUCUGGAUUCUGUGAACCUCUGGAUGUCUUUGGGUGAAACCCACUCCAACCUUCACUACGACUCAAAGCAUGGCCUUCUGGUGGUUAUUCGCGGAAGGAAGCUGGUAGAGCUCUUCCCGCCAGCCGCGGCCAAGAGCAUAGGCGCCUAUCCAGUCCACGACCCCCUGCGAUCUCACCACUCACGGGCUCCCCACUGUUGCCUGGCUGCGCGUUUUGAAAGGUCCCCAUGUGAAGUGCAUGGGGCCACCGAGUCUCUACGUGCGCGUGGCCUGCAGGCAGACCUACGCGAGGGGGAUGCCUUGUUGAUUCCCGAGGGAUGGUGGCACCAUGUGAAAACUCUGGGCAGAGAGGGCGAGGCCCAGCCCAUGGCCCUUGCUGUCAACAUCUGGUGGCGGGGCUACCCGCGCGAGCCGAAAGCCGCGCGGCCCUACGUGCUGCGGCGCCUCUUAGGCGAGAUGCUGGCUCGCAGAACGGCCUCCCACUUCAACAUCCGACAGAAGCCCCGCAAGCCCCGCAAGACCCGCGAGGUCAGCAGAAGAGGCACAACUUGCCUGAAGUCCAGACCUCGAAGCUCCCCUAACCGCGAGGCUGCGAGCAAAGUGAGCAUCUUGGAGGAACUCUCUACAGCAGCCCGAUCCGAGCCACCCCACCGCGAGUGGCUGGCGGCCCUGCGCAGGUUUGGCUCCGUGCUGCCUCACUGCUUGGCCGCGGCAGCAGCCUCUCCGGAAGAGCAGGAGCAGGAGACGCUGCGGGAGCUCCUGGAUGGCUUGGCCCCAGCUCAGGCGGCGGCGCUCCUAUCUAGCCUGGACGCCGCGGCAUUGGACAUGGGCGAGGCCGCGGCAGCCCUGCGCCUGCUUUGGCGCCACUACCCGCAGCGGGCCAUCGUCGCAAAGUGGGAUGAGCACCUCCGGAGGACCCUGGAAGAUAUCCUCAGCAAAGUGCUCUCAACAGCUCGGCCAGAGGGCUGA